ACGGAGCAGAGACACGGCGACGUGCGUGUGUAUUUCUCACGCGUGUGUGCUUACGCGCACGCGCACGCGGCAGCACCAGCAGCUCAGCUCGCAGCUGCGGCAGGCAGCGUCAGUCCGCGCGUGGACUUCAGGAGGAGCGGGAGCAUCCGGGACGAGCUGCGCAGAGAUGCGGCGCACGUAGACGCGUCGCGCGGACCCGCAGCCUCACCUCCCGCUGGUGUCAUGCUUGAAACGCUCAGACAUUGUGUGUGUGUGUGUGUGUGUUAUGAAAUGGCGGCGCUGACGUCGAGGUGAGCAGCUCCGGUGCUCGGUCCGCGCUUGUUUGCUCGCCGUGGUCCCUGCAGCCACGCGCAUCCACCGCUUCUUCUUCUUCUUCCUUCAAGCCUUGUGUGAGGCGUCAUGACGACCGGGCAGGAUGAGAGUUCCGUCCGCGUGGCCCUGAGGAUCCGCCCUCAGCUGGCCCGGGAGAAGAUCGAAGGAUGCCACAUCUGUACGUACGUGAUGCCCGGGGAGCCGCAGGUGAUCCUGGGGAAGGACAAGGCCUUCACCUACGACUACGUGUUCGACAUGGACUCGCAGCAGGACGCCAUCUACUCCACCUGCACGGAGAAGCUGAUAGACGGGUGCUUCGAGGGCUACAAUGCCACCGUGUUUGCUUACGGACAGACCGGUUCAGGGAAGACCUACACCAUGGGGACGGGCUUUGACGUCAACAUUGUGGACGAGGAGCUGGGCAUCAUCCCCCGAGCCGUCCACCACCUCUUCAAGGGCAUCGAGGAGCGUCGUCAGGCCGCUCAGGAGCAGGGCCGGCCCGUUCCCGAGUUCAAGAUCAACGCCCAGUUCCUGGAGCUUUAUAAUGAGGAGGUUCUGGACUUGUUUGACUCAGCACGCGACAUGAAGCAGAAAUCUCACAUCAAGAUCCACGAGGACGCCAGCGGAGGCAUCUACACCGUGGGCGUGACCACACGCACCGUGUCCUCUGAGGCCGAGAUGAUGCAGUGCCUGAAGCUCGGCGCUCUGUCCCGCACCACGGCCAGUACCCAGAUGAACGUCCAGAGCUCGCGAUCCCACGCCAUCUUCACCAUCCACCUGUGCCAAGUCCGCGUUUGUGCCUCUGACAAUCAAGACAAUGAGCCCGAUAACGAAGUCUCCAACGGAAACUCGGAGAUGGACGAGUACGAGACGCUGACGGCAAAGUUUCACUUCGUGGACCUGGCCGGUUCUGAGAGGCUGAAGAGAACCGGAGCGACAGGCGACCGAGCCAAAGAGGGCAUCUCCAUCAACUGUGGACUGCUCGCCCUGGGGAAUGUAAUCAGCGCCUUGGGGGACCGGAGCAAGCGGGCCUCACACGUGCCUUACAGAGACUCCAAACUGACCCGACUUCUACAGGACUCGUUAGGAGGAAACAGCCAAACAGUGAUGAUUGCCUGCAUCAGCCCUUCUGACCGUGACUUCAUGGAGACGCUGAACACGUUGAAGUACGCCAACCGAGCCCGGAACAUCAAGAACAAGGUGAUGGUGAACCAGGACAAGGCCAGCCAGCAGAUCAGCGCGCUCAGAACCGAAAUCGCCCGGCUGCAGAUGGAGCUGAUGGAGUACAAGACGGGCAAGCGCAUGGCGGGCGAGGACGGCGUGGAGAGCUUCAGCGACAUGUUCCAUGAGAACUCCAUGCUGCAGACGGAGAACAGCAACCUGCGGGUGAGGGUGAAGGCCAUGCAGGAGACCAUCGACGGCCAGCGCGCGCGGCUCACGCAGCUGCUCAGCGACCAGGCCAACCAGGCGCUGGCCCGAGCAGGUGAAGGAGGGACGGAGGAAAUCGGAAACAUGAUCCAGGGCUACAUCAAAGAGAUCGAAGACCUCAGAGCCAAACUCCUGGAGAGCGAAGCUGUCAACGAGAACCUGAGGAAGAAUCUGUCUCGCGCCUCCAACCGCCAGUCGUUCUACGGAGCCCCCGGCUCCUUCUCGUCAACCAUGCUCGCCCCCGAGAAGGAGACGUCCGACAUCAUCGAGCUCGCCAAGAAAGACCUGGAGAAACUGAAGAAGAGGGAGAAGAAGAAGAAGAAGAGACUCCAGCAGCUGUUAGAGGAGAGACAGGGGGAGGAGGUGGUGGAAGAGGUGGAGGACUCCAGCGCCAACAAGGAGGAAGUUCCUGACAACGAGCAGGAGAAGGGCUCCGAGAAGGAGGCGACAGAGCGAAGUAACGAGGACACAGAGAUGGAUGUUCAGGAGGGAAGCGACCACGAGGAAGGUGAAGAGGAGGACGAGGAGGAGGAAGAGGAAAUGGAUGUGGAAGAGAGUUCAGAGGAUUCCGACUCUGAGUCGGAUGAAAAAGAGAACUACCAGGCUGAUCUGGCCAACAUCACCUGUGAGAUCGCCAUCAAGCAGAAGCUAAUCGAUGAGCUGGAGAACAGCCAGCGGCGCCUGCACACGCUCAAGCAGCAGUACGAGCAGAAGCUGAUGAUGCUGCAGUGCAAGAUCAGAGACACGCAGCUGGAGCGGGACCGCGUCCUCCAGAACAUGAGCUCAGUAGAAAGCGGCACAGAGGACAAAGCUCGUAAAAUCAAGGCAGAAUACGAAAAGAAGCUGAGCGUCAUGAACAAGGAGCUGCAGAAGCUCCAGUCGGCCCAGAAGGAGCACGCGCGUCUGCUCAAGAACCAGUCGCAGUACGAGAAACAGCUGAAGAAGCUUCAGAUGGAUGUGGCAGAAAUGAAGAAGACCAAGGUUCGUCUCAUGAAGCAGAUGAAGGAGCAGCAGGAGAAGAACCGGAUGAACGAGUCUCGCAGAAACAGGGAAAUUGCUUCCUUGAAGAAAGACCAGCGGAAGCAGGAGCAUCAGCUGAAGUUACUGGAGGCGCAGAAGAGACAGCAGGAGCUGAUUCUGAGGAGAAAGACUGAGGAGGUGACGGCGCUGAGGAGGCAGGUCAGGCCCACCUCAGGUAAGGUCGUCAGGAAGGUCAACCUCCCAGAACCGGUCCUGGACUCUCCUCACAGACCCCCGUCUGGACGCAUGUACCCGUCCAGCAGCGCCGCGCCCAACGGGUCCCGGUCCUCCUACAGGCAUCGUACAGCUGGCGUCUACUCCACCAGAGUGGCUCGCAACAAGUGGCAGUCCCUGGAGCGGCGCAUCUCUGACGUCAUCAUGCAGAGGAUGACCAUCUCCAACAUGGAGGCCGACAUGAACCGGCUCCUGAAGCAACGGGAGGAGCUGACGAGGCGCAAAGAGAAGGUGAUCAGGAAGCGCGAGCGUCUGUCCAGAGAGGGGCCUGAGGCGGAGAAGGCCGUGGCGCCGCUCAGCGAGGAGGUGGACGCGCUGACGGCCAACAUCGACUACAUCAACGACAGCAUCGCCGACUGCCAGGCCAACAUCAUGCAGAUGGAGGAGGCCAAGGAGGACGGCGACGCGGUGGAUGUCUCGGCUGUGAUCGGGUCCUGCACCCUGGCCGAAGCCCGUUUCCUGCUCGAUCACUUCAUGUCCAUGGCCAUAAACAAGGGUCUGCAGGCCGCUCAGAGGGAGUCGCAGGUCAAGGUGAUGGAGGGCCGACUGAAGCAGACGGAGAUCACCAGCGCCACCCAGAACCAGCUGCUGUUUCACAUGCUGAAGGAGAAGGCUGAGUUCAACCCGGAGCUGGACGCGCUGCUGGGCAACGCUCUGCAAGAACUAGGUAACAUCUCGGCAGAAAAUGGAGACGACAGCAGCAGCGACGAGUCGGCCCAGAGUCCUUCAGCAGAGGGGAACACUUUAGCAUCUGACCUGAUGAAAGUCUGUGGCGAGACUAGGACCAGGAGCAAGGCGCGCAGGAGGACGACCACGCAGAUGGAGCUGCUGUACGCAAACAGCGACUCCGCCGCUGACGUGCCCACUGCAGACUUCAGCCCCAUGCUGCCGCUGGCUGAAACACCAGAUGGGGGAGGAGACUUGGACUCGUCCGGCUCGUCAGUCAGAGACUACACAGCUCUGUCCCCCGGCUUUUCCUCUAAAACAGGCAGCAUUUCUGGCUCCAGAGCUCCGUGGGGGGUGGAAAAGCGCGCUGCAGAGCCCUCGCCGCGCUCUCGCAGGAAGACGUAUGACAAGGCCCAGUCAGCAAAGAUCAAGGAGAUCAAACAGGGCGUCAUCAACCCGGUGCCGUCCACCAAGAGCAGCCGCUCGGCGGCGCUGCAGUGCGUCCACGUGGCAGAAGGUCACAGCAAAGCAGUGCUGUGUGUCGACUGCACCGACGACCUGCUGUUCACCGGCUCCAAAGACCGGACCUGUAAGGUGUGGAACCUGGUGACGGGUCAGGAGAUAAUGUCUCUGGCGGGUCACCCCAACAACGUGGUGUCUGUUCGCUACAGCUCUAGCUUGGUCUUCACCGUCUCCACGUCCUACAUCAAAGUCUGGGACAUUCGAGACUCGGCCAAGUGCAUCCGCACGCUAACGUCCUCGGGUCAGGUCACCGUCGGGGACGCGUGUGCAUCCAACACCAACCGAACCGUCACCAUCCCAGCAGGAGAGAACCAGGUCAACCAGAUCGCGCUCAACCCCAAUGGGACGGUUCUUUACACCGCGGCCGGAAACUCAGUCAGAGUUUGGGAUCUCAGAAGGUUUGCAUCCACUGGAAAACUUACUGGUCACCUCGGCCCAGUUAUGUGUCUGACUGUGGAUCAGUCUGGAAACAACCAGGAUCUGGUGAUUACUGGAUCCAAAGAUCAUUACAUCAAGCUGUUUGAUGUGACCGAGGGCUCUUUGGGCAGCAUCAGCCCUACACACAACUUUGAACCGCCACAUUACGACGGCAUCGAAUCGCUGGUGGUGCAGGGAGACAUGCUUUUCAGCGGCUCCAGAGACAACGGCGUCAAGAAAUGGGAUCUGGACCGCAGAGACCUGCUGCAGCAAGUCCCGAACGCCCACCGCGACUGGGUCUGCGCUCUGGGCGUCGUCCCUGGAUCACCGGCCCUGCUCAGCGGCUGCAGAGGCGGCGUGCUCAAGCUGUGGCACACGGACACGCUGGGGACCCUGGGGGAGCUGAAGGGUCAUGAGAGCCCCAUUAACAGCAUCUCAACCAACAGCAGCCAUCUGUUCACCGCCUCAGAUGAUCGGACCGUGAAGAUCUGGCGAGCGCGGGGAGGACUCGACUCCUCCGUGGAGGCGGUGGACAACACGGACGAGGUGGCGAGUAACUGAUCGGCGACAGCGUCGGACGCUGCUCCCUGCACUUUGACCCUUGACCUCUGAAGCCCGAAGCUGACCCCUAAAUCCCAGACUUCCACGCCAUGAAACCUUGAGGACUGAGCCAAGAGGAAACACUGAAGUGAUGCCAACUCCCAAGAGGAGCACUGUUCUUUCGGAGUUAAUUACAUUUACAUUAACGACUUGUUGCUGUUUAAACUUUGCGCUGUACAAGAUUUGUCGCGUGGUUACGUAUCUGAGUGCCAGAGGCAGAAAGCAGAACCCGGCCUCAGAGCUGAUGGGUUGGUAGCUGGUCUUCACAGCCCAGUUCUCUUUCCUCUGCACUUCAAACCAAACCCCUCCACUCACUUCAGAUCAGCUCUAGUGUUUGUGUAGAAGAUGAAUCACUCUCACGCCUGUUGUUGUGCUCGUCUCUUCACUGUUUGCAGCUGUUUAAGGUCGUGGCCUCUUUUGUGCAGCCUUCGCUCUGAACUCACUUCACUGUAGGAUUCACCUGGAGCGCAGGUUCAGCAUUUUGGAUUAAUAGAGAGAUGUGAGGUUGUAGAUUUAGUUCCAGAGGGCUGUAGGUGAGAACCUGCUCGUUGACUCUGCCUGCAGCUACAGCACGUCUGCAGCGUGUGUGCACAGCUCAUGUUUUAAUUCUAACUAUACCAAGGACUCAGUGUUUUCCCAACACCACCUUCUCAGUUUCUACAAUUUUGUACAGAUUCCCUGUUUUGUGCAUUUUAAAGUUUUAGCGGCGGCGGCAGAGGCUGACGCGCUGUUUGCUCCUGUGUCUGAGCUGCGUCGUUGUACGUUCACAUCUAUAAAGAGUAACACGGUUAGUUGUUAGCGUGACCUCAGAGGAGGCCCUGCCCUGCGUUGACCUGUAUGUAGAUCACACCUUCACACUUUAUGUUGCUGUCCACCUGCUGAGCUGCUGCUGCGUCCUGCGUACGAGGGCUUCUUCUUCCAGGUGAGCUCCACGUGGUGCCGCUGAAGCGUGUGUGUAUUUAAAUGUAACGCGUUGCUGCUUUCUGAGAGCCGACUGCUGACCCGUGUUGUGAGCCCAGGUCUGAACCUGGGACUCGCCGUCUCCCUGAUGCAAGCGAUCUGUCUGUCACGAUUGUGUCCUGUCACUUCUGAAUGUCCAGUGAAACAGCAGCCGCUGACAUUAUUCCAGUACAUAUCUAAUGUAUGUAAUGUAUUUAAACCAACUGACUGAAUGUUAGUUUUGUGGGACCAUGGACUUGAGCAUUGUCUGACACUAGGGCUGAGGACCAGAACGGGCCUGGAUGUUUUGUGGCUUCUGCUUAGUGGCCUCUGGUUAGUGACUGUAGCUCGUUAUUUCCCUGACUCCGUUUUCUGCUGUCCCUGUUACACAUCCUGGACGCUGCCCUCCAGAGACUCUGUAGCAAUUCUAAUGUCAGAUGCCUGGUCAGAAUAAACGCCAUCUGUCAAAAACGAA